AUGAUCCCAGAUAUGGAUGUGAUAGGACCAGACUCGACCCAGUUACCACCGACACUGACAACAUGGAUACCAGAGGCAGAUUGGCUCGGGGCAGCAGAUCUAUUUGCUACAGAGUUUGCUCCUACAAUAGACCAAACAUUUGAGACACAACAGGUCCUCGAUGAUUUCUUCUUACGAAAUCCUCCCACUACUCGUUUGAGAAGCGACGAAGCUGGUUUACAAGCGAACAAUCAGGAUGAAGAAGCUAGGAAGAGGCAUGCCAUCUUUCAGCGUUCGCCUUGGUUGUGGGUACCUGGUCAGAAUCAGAAUGCAUUCAGUGAACACGACGGCCCACUUCUUGAUGAACAAACCGCCGACAUCGCCGCCUCGCCCCAUGAUCCAGUGGCUUUGAACAUCCCCAUUUCCGACCAGCUCACCCCGCGACGGCGAGACCAGAUCUUCCAGCUCGUCUCUAAGACAGCACAAAGUCAAAUCUUUAUCCCCUCGUUUCCUUCCAAUAAAAGCUUAGAUAGACUUAUCAAAGUGGGUAUAGCUAAGAGGGCCGAGACUGAUGCCUGGAUCCAUCCCUUCACGUUCUGCAGUGAGACGGCCCUGCUUGAGUUCUUGACCGCACUCGUUGCGGCAGGUUGUGUAUGCUUUGGCAUUCCAACUGUGAAUAAGACUGGUCUUGUUUUGCAGGAGAUAACCAGGGUAGCAUUGCAUAGAAUGAGUGAACUCGACAUUAGUACCAUUCGGGAUUUGCAAUAUUUGCAAGCAUCGAUGAUCUGGUUGGAUAUCGGAGCAUUCUGUGGUUACAGAAGAAAGAUGGAAAUCGCCGAGAGCAAUUUGCAACCACUCGUUACUGCGCUACGGCGAGCAGGAAAGCUUGACCAUGUUUCCUACGUUGUCGUCGAGCCAAACGCAAGUGAUAGUGAAGAGGUUACGGAUCGUAAAUGGCGUCAAUGGGUGGAACAAGAAUCUUACAAGCGGCUUGUGUAUCAUCUCUAUGAACACGACAUGUCUAUGACUCUGGUGAAACACCGGAACCCAUUAAUAUCCUAUUCUGAGCUCAGAUUGCCAUUGCCUGCAACACGCAACUUGUGGCUCGCGCCGUCUGCAGAAGAGUGGAAGAUGCGCUGGUUGUCGGAGAAGCACGAAGAUUCCUCGAUGUCACUGGCCGGACUGUUGCAGGACGAGAUCUCUAUAAGGUUCCUCUCAGACAACAUUGAUGUACAGGUCGCACGAUCAGCAUACUUGUAUGGCCUAGCUGCCCAGAUCUGGGACCACGUUCAACAAGCCGCCAUUCUUCCCCCAAACAAUGCUUCGUGUCAGCUUUGGCUCCAAUCGCGACAGCAACAGCUCGACCAAUCUCUCCGAAAUGCGCCAUGCAGCUUAGGUACCGCCCCUGCCAUAACAUGCGUCCUCCACCAAUUCCUCUCCAUGUUCCUACACGUGAACCUAGAUACAAUCGCACGAUUUGCAGGGAAAUGUGGCGAAGUCGAAGCACGUCAUGCAUACGCACGGCUGCAGCCCUGGAGUCAAACAGCGGAAGCGCGGACUGCCAUUUGGCAUGCUGGGCAAGUACUCUGUGCUGCGAGAUCGAUACCUUCAUACCAAAUCAGGGGUCCUGACUCGUUCAUGGUGUAUCAUGCUGUAAUGGUUUUGUGGACAUAUAGCAUGAUGAUGAGAGCGCGUGCAAGGAGGACGGGGAGUACGACACCUCUUCGCGGAGAUGUUGACAGUGCAAGGGCACCGACGCCGGCAAUGCUUGAACCUCUGUUCUUGGAUGGUCUUGAUGUCAACAAAGGAGUCGUAGAUGCCUUUAUACUUCAGGACAAGGGACGGCCUUGUUUACAUAUCACUUCCCCGGCUCGACGAAGUACCAACAAAGAGGCAGACCAAGCAACAGCAGGUAUACAAGGUAUCUGCGAUCUCAGAAGUCCGUCCCAGAUCAUGCGUGCUGGAGUUUCGUUACUGGAGAAUACUCAUCCGGAUGUUGAGCGUGCGAAGGGGCCGCCAUUGCUAAGGGCAUUGUGCGGGCUUAUGGAAGAGCUCGGAAAUCUUAGAUAA